AUGUCUGGUGCAAAGAUGGUGCUCUUCCUUCAGAGUCUCUCACGCAGGAAACCCCUGGAGCCCGAAGGCGAGGUGUCCAACUUUCGCCGCUGCCUGACGACCCUUGACCUGGUGGCUCUGGGGGUGGGCAGCACAUUGGGGGCCGGCGUCUACGUGCUGUCCGGAGAGGUGGCCAGAACCGUGUCCGGGCCCAGCAUCAUCAUCUCCUUCCUGAUAGCAGCCGUAGCCUCUGUCUUUGCGGGAUUGUGCUACGCCGAAUUUGGAGCUCGGGUUCCCAAGACCGGAUCGGCGUAUCUCUACAGCUAUGUGACUGUGGGGGAGAUAUGGGCUUUUAUUACUGGAUGGAACCUGCUACUGUCCUACGUCAUAGGCACCUCAAGUGUGGCCAGAGCGUGGAGUGGAACUUUUGAUGAACUCAUUGGGAAUAACAUCGCCAACUCCCUGGGCAAACACGCUGCCAUGGACCUGCCAGGAUUAGCUCCUUACCCAGACUUCUUCGCUGCUGGCCUGAUUAUGCUCUUGGCAGGUGUCCUUGCAUUCGGCGUCAAAGAGUCGGCCAUAGUGAAUAAGGUCUUUACAGCCGUCAACAUCUUAGUGCUGCUCUUUGUUAUCCUUGCUGGCUUCAUAAAGGGCGACAUCAACAACUGGUACACCCGUGAAGAGGAUCUCAUCAAUGCAUAUGAAAACAAAACGAUGAAUGAAACUUUGAGUUAUGGCACAGGAGGAUUUUUCCCUUUUGGCUUCGAGGGAACAUUGGCAGGAGCUGCUACUUGCUUUUAUGCAUUUGUUGGCUUUGACUGCAUUGCAACAACAGGAGAGGAAGUUCAGAACCCCCAAAAAUCCAUCCCGCUGGGAAUCGUGGCGUCCCUCCUCAUCUGCUUCCUGGCUUAUUUCGGCGUGUCGGCCGCCCUCACCUUAUUGAUGCCGUACUAUUUGCUGAGCGCCAACAGCCCGCUACCUGCAGCCUUCACCUACGUGGGCUGGGGUCCUGCAAAGUACGCGGUGGCCGUGGGGUCUCUGUGCGCUCUGUCCACAAGCCUGCUGGGCUCAAUGUUCCCAAUGCCCAGAGUGCUCUUCGCCAUGGCGAGGGACGGCCUUCUUUUCAGCCCGCUCAGCAAGAUGAGUGACAGACAAAGUCCUGUCAUCGCUACUCUGGUUUCAGGUGUCGUCGCAGCAAUCAUGGCGUUGCUGUUUGACCUGAAGGCUCUGGUUGACAUGAUGUCCAUCGGCACCUUGUUUGCAUACACCCUUGUUGCCAUUUGCAUCCUCAUAUUAAGAUACCAAGUAGACCUCAGUGUUCCUCCUAAUGACAACAAACAGGAAACAUUUACAGUCAGUGGAUUAUUCUUCCCUGGUUCACAAUGUACUUCACGGACCUCAAAGAAUGUUUCUGUUUUGAGUGUUUUCAUCAUACUUUUAGCCACCAUCUUGAGUUUGUUCGUAUCGCAAGCUGUGAGCUCAUUGCAGUCGUCAGAGUGGUGGAGCGUGCUCUGUGUCGUCAUGGUGACGCUGAUGCUCAUCUUUACUCUCCUCCUCAUUUGGAGACAACCGCAAAGUCAGACAACAGCUGCUUUCAUGGUCCCUUUAGUGCCGAUGCUUCCUAUAUUGAGCAGUUUGAUCAAUAUUUACCUGAUGGUUCAACUUGGAUCAGACACGUGGAUACGCUAUGCAGUGUGGAUGGCUAUAGGUCUAAUCAUUUACUUUGCUUACGGCGUUCAGCACAGCGUGCAGAAGCAACGACUCCAACAUGUGCACAACCAAGUCAGUAUUCGCAGCAUCAGCAGUCCUGUGGACGACCACGUGGAACUUGUCCGCUAA